UGCGUGUGUGCGUACGGCGCAUGCUCCGUGUGCGUCAGGGCUCCCUUUUCCGUUGCUAGCUUUCCUAUUCUCUCCUCCUGCGUUUCCCUUCCGUUCCUUGGAGCCAUGGACCCUCGCGUCAGGCAGAUCAAGAUAAAGACGGGCGUCGUGAAGCGGUUGGCAAAGGAAAAGGUUAUGUAUGAAAAGGAAGUAAAACAGCAAGAAGAAAAGAUUGAAAAAAUGAAAACUGAAGAUCCUGAUGACUAUUCAAUAAAAAAGCAGACUGAGGUCUUGCAAGAAUCUCGCAUGAUGGUUCCAGAUUGCCAGCGCAGAUUAGAAGCUGCCCAUGCCGAUCUUGCUCAGCUAUUAGAAAAUGAAAAAGAGUUGGAAGAAACUGCUGAAUAUAAAGAUGCAUUCUCAGUACUGGAGUCAAUAAAGCUAGAUGCCUAGAUUGUGUUUUUGCUACUUUAUGUAUACCUUGGUAUUGGGUCCAUUUCCCACUCUUUACUAAUGUUUGGCCAUUGCUGUAUUUAUUUGAGUAGCCUAUAUGAUGAUGUGCUAAAACCGUUUUAUUCAAUUUGAACAAACUUAGCCCUAAUAUAUCUUCAACAUAGCUGGAAACAUUUUAUUAAAAGCUGUAUAAUCAGAAAACAGGCUAUAAAUGAAAAUAAAUAAAUAAAAGCAAACAAAUAGA